GAUCUUGGGACUACUUUUCAGUUAUCCUUUCACCAUUAAUGUCGUAUUGGAGCUAAAAUUCUCGAUUGAAUAUAUAAAAUGGUUUCCUGAUUUGCCUCUUCGACCCGUACGAGAUUACGAGUAAAACGACGAUAAAUGGUAGAGAUUAAGUACAAUUACAAUUGAAAUCUUAUCCAUAUCUUUCAAACUCGAAUCGAUUCCAGUAUUGGAUCGAAAGCAAAGGUUCUUGGAAGUUAUUCAUUCCACGUUUGGAAUUGCUUAGAGCUCAAGUCGGCUACGAAACUUCAAAAUUACAAAUUCCUGCUUGAGUUAUCAGUCGCUUCAAUUUCCUCUGGUUGUCAUGGUGCUGACUGCUGAAGCCUCGACGUCAAAAUUUGAAGACUAGGGUUUUGUGGGUUUGUGCUUCGUUCGUUUUCCGUUGUUCCCUAUCGGAAGUAGUUUUUGUAUAAUGAAGAUUGAAUUUGUAUCGCUGUUGAGAGCAGCGUGGAUUGCGGCAAUCUUGCCUAUUCUUGUUGCUUCGCUCCCUUGUGCUUGUCUCAGUUCCUUCCAUCGAAUUGUAUUGACAUUCGCGAGCAGAGGGAAGACCAUGCCAUCUUCUUCAAAGAAAUUCACUGUUCCCCAGAGGUUCUUCCUCCAUUUUUAUGUGGUGGCUGUGGCAUUGACAACAGUUUUGCUACUUAUGACUUGGUUCUAUGCGUAUCGGAUGGCGCCAUUGAGUUCUGAGUCUUUCCAUUAUUCUACAGUUGCAAGCCACUUGACUGGAGGCUCACAUAUAUUUUCCAUGCAUAAGUCUCCUUCAACUCCUCUGAAACAUAGAUACAGGGUAUGGAAAACCUUGUUUUUGCUUUUACUGAUGGAAGUUCAAGUCCUAAGACGCCUUUAUGAGACCGUACAUGUUUUUAACUACAGCCCUUCAGCUCAGAUGCACAUUUUUGGCUACUUAACUGGGAUUUUCUUGAUAAUUUGCAAGAAAGUAGAUCUUAUCUUCCAACGGAAUGAAAUUGUGGAUGAGCAUAAGUAUCUGUUCUAUAUUGGCUCAUUGCGUGAACAGAGUGAAAAGUCAGAUGAAUACAUAAUCCCUCGUGGUGAUUGGUUUGAAUAUGUUUCUUCUCCACAUUAUCUGUCUGAAAUUGUUAUAUAUGCUGGUCUUCUGGUUGCAAGUGGAGGUUCAGACUUGACAAUUUGGCUACUUUUUGGCUUUGUGGUGGCAAAUCUCGUCUUUGCAGCCGCAGAGACACAUAGGUGGUAUCUCCAAAAAUUUGAUAACUACCCACGUACUCGGGAUGCCAUUUUUCCCUAUAUUUAUUAGAGAUGUCAACAUGACCAUGAUUUAUUGUACAACUGUGAAGAAAGGAAAACCAAAUAUAAGGUGCUUCCUGCUUCAGCCUAAAGAUGAAUUGUGUUUCACUUGCUUCCCUACCUUAUGUGUAAUGUAGAAAGUGGGGUGUAACUAAACAAUAGCCUUCUAGAAUAAUAUGAAAGUCAUGCCAAUUUUGGUC